GGGACUUGUGACCGGCGGCUAUGGAUUCGUCCGCCUCCUGCUCUUCUCGCCACUGAGGGACCGUCGGAUGCUCCAGCAGCCGUCGAGGCGGCGGAGGAGGAGGACUGGGAGGGGGCAUCCCGGUCGUUCUUCGACCACCAGACAGACUCACCAGAGCUGCGUCUGACCACAGAAGACGAAAAAGAAGAAGAGGGCACAAGAAGAGAGGGAGGAAGAAGAGAGAAGGUGACACAAAGGAGGCAAGGACUGGCCUUCAUCCUGGGAGAAUCUGUGACGAGGCGGAGGAGGAAACGCCACCAUGAGCGACCAGAACGUGGUCAAGGAAGGAUGGGUCCAAAAAAGAGGCGAGUACAUCAAGAACUGGCGUCCUCGCUACUUCCUGCUGAAGACGGACGGCUCCUUUAUCGGCUACAAGGACAAACCGCAGGAUUCAGACCUGGCUUACCCGCUCAACAACUUCUCUGUUGCAAAAUGUCAGCUAAUGAAGACGGAGCGUCCCAAACCCAACACCUUCAUCAUCCGUUGCUUGCAGUGGACCACCGUCAUCGAGAGGACUUUCCACGUUGACACACCUGACGAGAGGGACGAGUGGGCGGAGGCCAUCCAGAUGGUGGCGGAGUCGCUGGCCAAGCAGGAGGAGGAGGGCAUCCUGUGCAGCCCCACCUCGCAGAUCGAGAACGUCAAUGAGGAGGAGAUGGACACCUCCAUCAGCCACUACAAACGGAAGACAAUGAAUGACUUUGACUAUCUGAAGCUUCUGGGCAAAGGUACCUUUGGUAAAGUCAUCCUGGUGCGAGAGAAAGCUAGCGGAACUUACUACGCCAUGAAGAUCCUCAAGAAGGAGGUCAUCAUUGCCAAGGAUGAAGUUGCUCACACGCUGACAGAGAGUCGGGUAUUAAAAAACACUCGGCAUCCAUUCCUGACGUCUCUCAAGUACUCAUUCCAGACCAAGGACCGCCUCUGCUUCGUCAUGGAAUACGUCAACGGAGGAGAGCUCUUUUUUCACCUGUCACGGGAACGAGUGUUUUCCGAGGACCGCACGCGUUUCUACGGAGCCGAGAUCGUCUCCGCUCUGGACUACCUGCAUUCUGCCAAGAUCGUCUACCGGGAUCUUAAGCUGGAGAACCUGAUGUUGGACAAAGACGGACACAUCAAGAUCACCGACUUUGGCCUGUGCAAAGAAGGCAUCACCGACACGGCCACCAUGAAGACAUUCUGUGGGACGCCCGAGUACCUGGCGCCUGAGGUGCUGGAGGACAACGACUACGGCCGCGCGGUGGACUGGUGGGGUUUGGGCGUGGUGACGUACGAGAUGAUGUGCGGCCGCCUGCCUUUCUACAAUCAGGACCACGAGAAGCUCUUUGAGCUCAUCCUCAUGGAGGAGAUCAAGUUCCCGCGCACGCUGUCAGCCGACGCCAAGUCUCUGCUCUCCGGCCUCCUCAUCAAGGACCCCAACAAACGGCUGGGUGGGGGACCGGACGACGCCAAGGAGAUCAUGCGACACAGUUUCUUUGUCACUGUGGACUGGCAGGAUGUCUACGACAAGAAGAUGGUCCCGCCCUUCCAGCCUCAGGUGAGCUCUGAGACGGACACGCGAUACUUCGACGAAGAGUUCACGGCACAGACCAUCACCAUCACACCACCCGAGAAAUACGACGAGGACGGCAUGGACGCCGCAGACAACGAGCGGCGGCCUCACUUCCCGCAGUUCUCCUACUCGGCCAGCGGGCGCGAGUGAGAGCCCACGCCCCGCUCCUCCUGUCCCGACCCGGACCCGAACCCUGCGCUAAACCCAACCCGCCUGCCUCGUCUCUACCGGCGGCCAUUUUGAGGAAAACACGUAGCCAUUUUAGGAAAAACCAGUACCAGUCUCUCCUCUUUGUUGUCCCGGCGGGCAGGCGGACGGACGGGCGCAGGAAGUCGGGAAGUCUCUCGGUGGACUUUAAAAAGUUUUUUUGCACAGUGGCCGCGCAACCACACUAAACACGAGUCGGCCACAUUUUUCUGCAGAAGGCUAACUUUGUCCUUAUUUAUUUUUUUCCUCCAUCUCAGUAUUACCUUCUUCACGUCCAUCUCAUCCUCGUGCUGGUGAUGAUCGCCCUUUAUUUCUUUUUGCACUGGCGACAGAAGAAGUAGUAGACGACGAGGCACUUCUUUUUCGGGAACAAAGCACCAAAAACGUUGCCUUACACGUGCCCACCUUCGUCGCAUCCGCACGCCCUUCGCUUUGUUUUACUCAAGACAAAUGUGCAUGACUCCUGGUUCACCUCGACCGAACCACAUACACGCCGCGCGCGCGCACAAAAUCCUCUCUUGUUCGUUGUGAAGCCGGUUGCCAUGGAAAUACACGUUCUCAAACAAGGAGAAGAAAGAAAAACGUCUUUAGCAUUCCUCUCGUUGUCGCGGCGUGACCACUCUUUCGCACGCGUACUAUACACACAGAAUCACCUAUGUACACACACACACACACGCAUAUACAAAUACAUACUCAUACACACAGGCACUGUCUUAGCCCUGUCAUUUUCCCAGCGCCAUAUUUCAGGAGUUGUGCGUCAGGUGAGCCGCCAUAUUGAAAACUUGUUCAAGAAGGCUAUUUUAAAGGCUAACACGUUGGCAUAGUCCAGGGAGCGCUUGAUUUGCGUUUGUCCCAGAUUUCACCACCAACGCGACUCAUGAGUUACAUUCGCGUCAGUCCUGACAUGUCGAAAUCUCUGCCAGAACGCUAUUGAUUAUUGUUUUGUUGUUGAUGCUAAUGUGCGGGGAAGGCGCGUCAGUCCAAUUUGUUGAAAUGUUAUUCCAUCCAGCAGCUUCUACCUGUAGCUUGCCAGAAUGCUGUUGAAUUGGAAAUGCUCGAGCGCUCGAUUUGUGUUUUUGUCUCUUGAGCCCGUUUGCGUUUUCCACCGCCGCGACGCAGAAGUUGCGUGCUAGCCCACAUUCCCGACAUGUUAAGCUUAUAGUCUGCAAGAACGACGGAACUGCAAGAGGUCGACACAUUUGCCACCGGCAAAACUCAGGAGUUAGGCGUCCGUUCAGCUGAAGUCUCGCUCCAAUCCAGCUUCCAGUCUGCCAGAAUGCUAUUGAUUUGUAAAGGCUAAUGCUAGCGCCGAAAGAAACAUCAGGUCGUGGCCGUCCGGUGGAAGUCAUCCCAAACAGAAGAGAGAUCCUGAUGUUCGCGGCUUCGUCGCCAGAUGUGGCGCGCUUGUUGUGCGUUUUGUUCAGUUUCCGGCACGCACUCUCGUCGGCAUUCCGAGGACGACCAAUCACUUUGAGUGUAAACGACGCUUCCAGACGCAGAAUUCCGUCUUGUUCCACAAACAUUCCCGUGAGAUGAUGACACUGCCCCCGUGUCAUGUACAUAGUUAUGCAAUUCUCUCUCUCUCUCUCUCUCUCUCUCUCACACACACACACUCGGUCUGUCGUCGUGGAGACGGGUCUCAGCCCCGCCCCCAUUUUCUCCGUUCCCAUGGUUCCCGCCAGAGACGUUUGUUCACCGUGACGACAAAAGAAGGCGAUAUAUUGAGGAGGGGGGUUGGCGGGCUCCGUCAGGCUCGCUGACCCUCUUCCUUUCUUUUCUUUAACUUGGGUGAGCUGGGAAAAAAUGAAAAGCACCUCGGGAAAAGUCGCUGGAUGAUGAUUAAGUCAUUAACUGGUCUUUUGUUUUUCUCCUUUCGUUUUGUUUUUGGAUGGUUUGUUUUUGUUUUCUUACCAAAACGUUAGAGCAAGAACCCAGUAGUGGACUUGCUUUGCUGUGCUAGUAUUUAUUUUCAAUUAAAUUAAAACAAAUACAUUUCA